CUGGACAUGAUUUCCACAAGGGUGAUGGACUUCAAGCUUCGGGAGGCUGCCGAAGGCCUGGGGGAGGACAGCACAGGAAAGAAAAAAUCCAAGUUCAAAACGUUUAAGAAGCUCUUCGGGAAGAAGAAGAGAAAGGAAUCGCCUUCCUCCGCAGGAGGCAGCGCCUGGAAGCAGAGUCAGGUGAAGAGUGAGGUCAUUGCCAUCGAGGCAGGGCCAGUGGGCUACGACUCGGAGGAUGAGCUCGAGGAGUCGAGGGGCGCGCUGGGCGGCCGGGCCCUCUCACACGACAGCAUUUUCAUUCCGGAGUCAGGACAGGACCCCGCAAGGCCCGUGCGGGUGUUUUCCCAAGAAAACGUGUGUGACCGGAUUAAGGCUCUGCAGUUAAAAAUACAGUGCAAUGUGAAAAUGGGGCCGCCACCCCCUCCGGGCGGCCUGCCUGCCAAGCGGGGAGAUGACCCCGGCAUGAGUUCCGAGGACGACGGGCUGCCCAGGAGCCCCCCAGAGAUGUCCCUGCUGCACGACAUCGGUCCCGGCACAACCAUCAAGGUCUCUUUGGUUUCCUCGUCCCGGCCGCCCUCUCCAGACCAGCCCUCCUCCAGGCCCCCGAGCGACGCCCCCGCCUGCCCCCGGACCGCGGCCAGCAGUGUGGCGCCGGUGGCUGAUUUCAGCUGCCCCCCAGAAUCCUCCUCCUGCCUGGACAACUCCGCAGCGAAGCACAAGCUCCUGGUUAAGCCCCGCAACCAGCGCUCAAGCAAAAUGAGGCGCCUGUCCUCGCGGGCGCAGUCCGAGUGCCUGGGCGACCUGACCUGCACGCCCGAGGAGGAGGAGUCCGACGAGAAGCCGGUGCCCACAGUCCGCGCAGGGGAGACGCCCAGUGGUGGGCAGCAGCCUGGGCCCGGGGGACUGGCCCCCGUGCUGCCGCCUGGGAGGCCCCGUGCCAGGCGGGCGCAGUCCGAAUGCCUGGUCGACCUGACCUGCACCCCCGAGGAGGAGGAGUCCAGCGAGAAGCCGGUGCCCACAGUCGGCACAGAGGAGACGCCCAGUGCUGGGCAGCAGGCUGGGCAUGGGGGACCGGCCCCCGUGCUGCCACCCCGUGCCAGGCGGGUGCGUCUGCAGCACUGCCCCGCGCUCAGUGCCAGUGCCGAGGAGGACGAGAGCCUCCCCGGGGACGAUCCCUCCAGCCGCCAGGCCACCCCGGAGAUCACGGAGGUCACUGAGCCCGUGCCAGGCCCAGCCCCCUGCUUGGAGUGCCCACUUUUGCCAGAAGACUCCCCACACCCUGACCCUGACAGCAAACAUCAAAAGGAGGAGCCAUCCCUUGAAAGCGCACAUCCACCCUCCCAGGACGCAGCUGGAGAGGAGGGGUGCGCUUCUGGAGACGCUGAGAGUUCAUCACCCCGCGUCCCUGAGGAGGACACGGCACCUCCUGCUCCUGGGACCGGACCGGCCAUCCCCUCGGAGACUCCCCCUGGUCCAGACGGGCCAGGCCUCGCUGCGCAGGAGGAGGCAGAGGAGGCAGGGCUGACACUGGCAGUGCCCAGUCCCAGUCCCGAGGGCACAGAGGGCACAGAGUGCUCGGAGGACCUCGCCCCCAGCCCCCCAGCCUCCAAGAGCUGCUUGAAGCACAAGGCACUGGCGAGCAGGAGCCUCAGCGUGUCCCCCACGCCGCCCGCCUCAGAGCCACCACCACAGGAGCCCACCCCCUGUGCCCUGGACGAGGAAGCCGCCCCCCUGGAGCCCCCCAGGGCUGAGCAGGGCGAGUCCCCGCAGGGGGGAGCCGAGAGGGAGGAACCGGAGCCGAAAACCGGGAGAGGAGGCAGCAGGCCCCGGGGCGGGAAGAAGUUCUCCGUGGCCUCAGGCCGGGCGUGGCCGCACACAGGCCACAGAGAGCGGCCGGCGCGCCCGGGGCCCGUUGCUGCCCCCUGCCCUGUCCGGCUGCCCCUGCUGAGGAGCAGCGCGGCCUGGAGGAGCGAGGCCGCCCUCGAUGACCUCCAGGUGCCCCCGGAGCACCAGAACCCAGAACUGGAGCCUCAGGAGCCACCGUCACCCGCUGAGCGUGGCUCUCAGGACUCGGGGAGCAGGGCGGCCAGCCAGGCCGGGCCCGGGCAGAAGCCCCCGGAGGCAGUGGCCACACCGGCCACCAGAGAGCCCCGCCCCUCUGCCCAGGAGCCGCGCCCGUGUGGGGACAGGAGCCCCUUCCCCGUCAAGCUCCGGUCCACGUCUCUCUCCUUCAAACACAGAGACGUGGCCGUGCCGGAAGGGAAGGGAGUCAAGAGGUACAGUGCUGAGGUCCGGCUAGAAAAAGGAGGACCGGCCCUGCUCUCGAAAGAUGACAAGUGUCACGUGGGGGCGGCCCCCACGAUUCGGGGGACCAGGACCCCCAACGGCCAGGGGAAGGGGAAGGCCCGGUCAUCGGAGCAGCCGGGCUCCAAGCCGCCCCUGCCCAGGAAGCCGCUUCUGCAAUCCCUCACCCUCCCGUACCCGCCCGCGGGCCCCGAUGUGAGCCCCGGAGAGCUGGACAAGGUCGCACCACCCCCGGGCCCCAGGAAGGAGAGUCGGACGGUGGAGAAACGGUUGCCCCGCCGGGGAGCUGAGAAGGGCCUGCCUCCCGCAGCAUCGGGGCCUGGAGCUGAGGGCCAGUCGGGGCCGCCCUGGAUCACCAUCACCCCACAGAAGCGGCGAGGGGCCCCCGAACAGCCACCCAACCGGGAGGACAAGCCUGGGGCCCAGACCCUGAAGCCCGAAAUAGGAAGGGCAGCCAGGGCACCUGAGAGAGCCCAGGAGCCCGUGAGGCAAGCCGACUUCAUCCGCAGCAAGUCUUUCCUGAUCACCCCGGCGAAGCCCUCCGUGGACCGAAGGCAGGGGACCAAGCUGUGCCUCCAGGAGGGGCUGCAGAGAGGGAUCUCCCUGUCCCAUCAGAACUUGGCAGCUCAGCCUGCAGCGAUGGCGGAGAGAGACCUGCACCAGCUGAAGAGAGCCAGCUAUGCCAGCGCAGAGCAGCCGUCCUGGAUGGAACUCGCCAGAAAGAAGUCUCAAGCUUGGAGUGACAUGCCCCAAAUUAUAAAAUAGGUUGACAGCCUGUGACCAGAAGUGUCCACCACCUUGACGGGUCCCUUAGUGAAAAACGGCCACUAAAGGCAAAGACACCGAGACGUAAGAGUGAUUUUUAUCAUCCGGUUAUGGGAGGGCGGGCUGGGGGAGGAACGAGCCAGGCAAACAAGGACAGACACCCAGCCACAGGCCUGGCCAGCAGGGCCGGAAAACAAGAAGACCAUUGAAAAGGUGUUCAGGGAACAAGGCCCGGUGCCCAGAGGCCUGAAUGCCAGUCUUUCAGACAUCGCUUGAUCAAAGGAGCUCUGGCACGGAAGAAAAAGGCAAUGAAACGCGGAUGCAAAGCUGGGACCUGGAGAACGUGUGUCUGUGCCCCCACCUGAGACCAGCUUGUGUCUGUGGCCGGGGUCUUGCCUGCGGAUCCUGUCUUCUCCUCUCCUUCCCGACGGGGCAUGAUAUUUAUGGACGUAAGGAUGCCGCUCCCAAGAGCAGCGAUAGAGCAGCCGGGUUCCUGAGGACAGUCACCCUGUGAAGGGGCGGGAAGCACCCGGCAGGGCGCAUCAGCUCAUAGACCGUUUCCAACAAUAAUUUUUAAAUUUUUCCACGAGGCAUCUGUGUCCUUAACCGUUGCACAACGCAUUGCCUGUUCAAUAAAACGGUUCAAACACG